GUGUCACACCAAAAAGCUCAAAACCAGUUCACGUUUUUCUCCUUAACUUAAGCAAAAGUCCUACAAUAGCUAAAAAUACUAGUAAAAGUACCUACAGAGGUACAGGGGUGAAAGAAGUAAAAUUAAACAAGCUAAACACAUUUUAACUUUAUUGUGUUAUCCUCGACAUUUUCAAUGAAUAUGUAUUUGUCGGUGUAUGACCUGUUAUAUUUACCCUAUAUUGAUAUAGGAAAUAAAUCAAAUCAAAUCACAGUUAAAUGUGCUUAAAGUCAUUUUCAAGUACAAGUUCUCAUUAUGCAUAACUGCAUGCAUUUCAUACUGUUACAUUAUUAUGUAUAUUGCGUCAUUGUUUAGUAUUACUGGUGUCCUUUUAUAACUAUUUUAUAUACAGUUUGUUAUUUUAAUCUACAACAAUGCAUCGUUUACAUAUUAUAUUACUGAAUUACUAUUCACGUGUAAUCAGGUUUUUAUUGUUGUAGUCUAGUUGGUCGAGGUGGAGCUAAUUUUGACAACUUUCUAUACUGCUGGGCCAAAUGAAAGUCUAAGUAAUGCAGUCUUUAAAGCCGAAUCCUCACAGAAGGGAAAUCUGUCUCUCUUAGUCAAGGUAUUUUUGCAUUCAAUUUUUAUUAAUAAGCAAGUCAUUUAUUAGUUGGAAAACAUUACUGACUAACUGACUUUAAAACCGCAGUACAAAGCAAACAUUUGCCCCUUAACACAAAGUGGAACUGAGAUUCUCACUUGUCGUCCAUCCCUUCAUGCUGGCAACAAGGGAACAUGCCUCAGAUACUAUGCACCGCAUAUGUGUGUAUUAAUGGCUGACUCAAGCAGAGGCUAUUAUAAGCAGCAGGUUCCAGUGGAUAGCAGCCGGACAGACAGCCGGACAGAGGAACGGAGCUGUGUGAAUUGACGAGGGACAAAGAGGGAGGAGAAGGGCCUCUGUUACCUAACUAAACCCGGAAAAAACAACAGCCAGUCCUGCUGAAGGAUUAGCAACCUGUUUGUGCUAACAUGGCCCUGCCCUCUGUGAUGGUGUUGCCCCUGCUGAUUGUUGUGGCGGCAGGGGUGUACUACAUCUACAAUGCGGUCAUGCAGUUCAUGUCCAAGUCCUUAGUGCGAAACAAAGUGGUGGUGAUCACUGAUGCUGUGUCCGGGGUGGGAACUGAGUGCGCCCAUCUUUUCCAUAAGGGUGGUGCCAGACUGAUCCUGUGUGGGACUAGCUGGGAUAAGAUGGAGUCUCUGUAUGACUCUCUGACUAAUGACGCUGACCCCAGAGAGACGUUUGCCCCAAAGCUGGUGAUCCUGGACUUCAGCGAUAUGGACAGCAUAGAGGACGUGGUGGCUGAGGUGGUGGAGUGUUACGGCUGUGUGGAUGUGUUGAUCUGUAACAGCAGCGUGAAGCUGAAGGCCCCGGUGCAGAGUGUCUCCCUGGAACUGGACAGAAACAUCAUGGACAUUAACUACUUCGGCCCCAGCACUCUGGCCAAAGGUGUUCUUCCAACAAUGAUCUCAAGAAGAUCGGGGCACAUUGUGCUGGUCAGCAGCAUCCAGGGAAGACUGGCUGUCCCAUUCAGAAGUUCAUAUGCUGCAUCUAAGCAUGCGGCGCAGGCCUUCUUCGACUGCCUGCGGGCUGAGGUGGAGGAGUAUGGGGUAGUCGUCAGCACCAUCAGUCAUACCUUCAUCAACGCGUCCGACCCGCCGCCUGUCGAGGAGCCCGCCCCGAAACCAAACACCCUGGCUGCAUUUAUCGCCAAGCAGAUGACCCACGGCGUGCGCCCGUCAGUCCUGGCCAAUGAGAUUAUGAACACGGUGAACAGGAAGUGGAAGGAGGUUGUGCUGGCCCACCCGAUCCCCAGGGUGGCCCUCUACCUCCGCUCCCUCAUCCCCUCCUUCUUCUUUGCUGUGCUGGCCGCUGGAGUGAAGGACUCAGUCCUGGCUGAGCAGAUGCAGUAGGAGAAAGGCUGAAACACAGGAUGGAAUCACGCAGAGAUGGGAACACAAGCAUGGACUGUUUGGAAAUGGUAGAUGUGUAAUAGUAUGUUCUUGACACAAGGCUGGGGUCCCAGACCCUCAGGGGGCCUGAAGGCUUCAGGUUCAUCAUGUGGCAAUUUAAUUAAGGUUAUAAUUUAGUUUGUUAAUAUUGGUUAAUAAUUGUUUAAUAUUAGCUAAAGCACAUUAUGAACUGAAAUAAUUAGGGCAGCACCUGCAUUAUUACCUGAUCCAUCUUGGAGAGGGGCCCCGAGUUAAAAUUUAGUUUGAAUUUUUAUAUAUAUUUUGCGUACAUGGUGUAUUUUACUUGCUUAACCAAUUACCACACACUAAAUUGCUAAUUAGUAACUAAUACAAACACAAUGCACAGAAAGAAAGACAAGAGGGAGGUGGGGGGGUCAUUAGUAGGGGCCCACAAUGAUUUUUGCCCAGGGCCCCCUAGUGGGUAUGUUCGGUCCUGGCUUGAUGUAUGAGCCCUCACAGACUCAGACUCACUCAGAAAACAUGUUCAAGCAGCAAAAUAAUGAACAAAACAAAAUCAGAAGGCUGAUCUGGGCUGACCUGAAAUACUGUGCAAAAACACAGAAUUACUACUUUAAUUUUUUAACAACUGCAUUUUACCAGUAUUGAUCAGAUCAGGAGAAUCCUAAAUAGAGAAACAAUUUAUCAUAAUUGUUUGGCUCUGCUGUUUCACUGUUUGAUGUAAAAAGAGAAAAAUCUAUUAUAUCUGUUGUUCUUUGCCUCUUUGUUGCUCUUAGAUGAGUUGAUCUUGUGUAUUAUAAUGGAUUCGAUUAGAAGAAACUGUAACGCCGGAUUAAGAACAGGGCGAUCAGAAAGUGCUAGAGAUAAUAACAGAACAAACAGCAAAUCAAAGAAAUGUAAUAAACAUUCAUCUUGCAUCCUG